AUGCAAGGCGAUGGCGAGAUCAACAUGGAAGCGAUUCCGAUGCCAGCGUCCAUCUCGAUGAGCCCGCCACCCGGAAGCCUCUCGCUCCUCGAGCAGGAGGAAGACAACAACGAGGAGAUGACGUCGGCCGAGCUCGACCAGCUCCAGCCGCUCAGCAUGGACGAACCGCUGCUCCGGCCGUCGCACACGCGCCGGACUGGGCGGCCGGCGAACCCCGUGUGGCAGUACUUUCUACGUGGCGCCAAGCGCAAUCGGUUCCACUACCAUGCGUACUGCCGGUACUGCGUUCUCCACUACAAGCAGUCGCAUCCCGACGUGGACGACGAUGGAGCAAUGGAGCACAUCGACUCGACGCGUGGCGUCUCGUCCGACAUGAUCAAGCACCUCAAGCAGUGCGAGCACACGCCCUCCAGCAUCGUUGAAGAUCUCGAAGCGUACAUGGCCGAGUGCCACCAGCGGGCCAAGUCGACGCCCACACCUGCUAAACGAAAGCAGCCGAGUCGCCCAAACCAAGAGUCGCCCGACGCGCUGCUGUGGAAGGCGACGGUCUCAGCGAGUCUUCCUCUGCACUGGACCCGUGCGCCUUUGAUUGCGUCGCUGCUAUCGAUGCCAUCGUCGCUCGGAGACAUUGCGACCGUCGCGUCCAGCCUCGCGAAAGCGCAGCUCGACAAGGUCAAAGAAGGCAUGCUCAACUCGACGAUCAAAGGCGGGCUCACGCUCAGCGUCAACGCGUGGCAGCCACAGGCGUCGGUCCCUCACCUCGUCUCGUUCUCGCUCAUCAACUCGGACGGCGACGCGUGCGCGCUCUCCUUGGUGUCGGUCCACGACUGGACCGUGCCCGAGCUGCAAGCCCAUGUCAGCGCUUGUUUAAGCGCGCUGCGCCAGAGCAACGUGUCGAUCGUGGCCAUCGUCGCUGAUGCAAUGCUGCCGCUGCAAGCCGCCAUGCGUUUCCAAGCGGCGAGCGCCCCCGACCUCCUCGUCUUGCCGUGCCUCCACCACGUGCUUGAGCUCCUCCUCGGGUCCCUCCUCACCGACGAACGUUACGAGGCGCUUCUAGGAGCGAUGAUGGAGGUCACGAGCUACCUUCGGCAUCCGUCCAUACCGUUCGUGCCGCCGCCCGUGGCACUGGCCAACGACGUCCAUUCGAUCGUCGCGACACUCGAUGCCUUUGUGCAGCUGAGAGAUGCUCUGGCCGACGUGGCGCUGCCGCCGUCCCUUCGCGCCUAUCUCGACGACGUAGCGACGUGGACCGGGCUGCGAUCGCUCCUCGAGCGCCUACGACCCUUGCACGCGGCCAUGACCCGCAAGUGCCCGACGCUCGCCCACGUCGUGCACACAUUAGCGUGGCUCUAUAAACACUUUGACGACGACGACGCGAUGCGAGAGCUGCUCGAGAGCUUCUGGCGCUGGUACGAUCUCCCGACGAUGGGGCUAGCGUGCGUCUUCAACGUGCAUCUGGAGCUGCAUCUCUCGCCCGCCGUGCGCAGCCUCGUGCCAACGUACUUUGAGCACGUCUAUGGUCGCUGGUUCCACGCACCGAUCCCGGCAUCGACGAUCGACGAUGUGCUCGCGGCCGUCGAUGCCAAGUCGUUUCCGUUUGAUGGCGAUGUCACACGCGACUACCUCGACGACGUGAGCUCCUUUUAUUCGUUUGUCGCCAACUCGCACCCGGAGCUCUGCGCGCUCUGCUGCCGCCUCUUUGCUGUCGCGGUCCACGCCGCGCCCGUGCCGCGGCUGUUGCGCCGAGCACCGAUGGACAACACGGACGGUCUCCUCCCGUGGCUGCACAUCGCCUUUGCUGUGAGCGGGGCCAAGACGUCGCCGCCGGUCGUGGCCAAGUCCAAGGACGCAACUCGAUGGCUGCACGCACAAGAGACACAGACCCACGGCGUCUUUAGCAAGCGCGAGUGGACAGCCUUGGCGUCUGCGUGGCGAACACGACUCGCCGACGAAGUUGCGAUUGCGUCGGCGCCAACGACCCAGGUACCGUCCGUGCGCCUGCGUGACUUUUUGGUGGUGCUGCCGCCCGAGCACCUCGUCGUGCCCGACCCGAGUCGGGAAUCAACAUGA